CAAGCGAGCCAGUCGCAGUCAUGGAGUCCUCACACUGGAUACGGAGGACGGCGCUGACGCUGGCCCUCCUGGUGAUCGUCCUGUCCGUGGCCACGGCCGCCCCUGCCGGACGCGAGGCCAGGUCCCCGAAGAGGAGGCCAUUCGGCUACGGAGGCUACGGCGGCUACGGCGGCGGCCCGGGGUACGGCCCGGGGUACGGCGGCGGCCUCGGCGGCUACGGGGGUAGUCAGGCCCAGGCGCAAGCCCAGGCGCAGAGUGGAGGCUACGGCGGCAGCCAGGCCCAGGCGCAGGCCCAGUCGCAGAGCUUCGGGGGCCCUUACGGUGGAGGCCCUUACGGUGGAGGCUUCGGCGGCGGCCCCUUCGGCUUCUUCCGUCGCCGCAGGGAAGUCGCUCCCGAGACGGCCGUGGCCGUCACCGAGGCCGCCAUCCCCGCUGCGAACGUGGUGACCGACACGGCCCCCGUCGAAACCACCCCCGCAGCCCCCACCACGGAGAAGGUGGUCGUCGUGGCCGCCGAGGUGUCCACCUUCCCCACGGCCGCUGCCACCUCCUCCGAGACGGUCUUCAUCGUGACGCCCGAGGCCAGCGAGGCCAGCGAGGCACCAGUGGUCAACGCCUCGCCUUCCAGCGAGACCGCCGCCCCCAAGGAAGCCCCUACCCCCGUCCCCAGCGAGGCCACCCCCGCCCCCACUGACGCCGCCCCCGCUGCCUCGAGCGAAGCCCCUGCUGCUUCGACUGAAGCUGCUCCUGCUGCCUCGAGCGAAGCAAGCGAAGCCCCCGCCGCUUCCGCUGAAGCUGCCCCGGCCUCAACAAGUUCCUCCAGAAGACGCCGCGAGGCUGACGGUGCCACCACGGAGUCGUCGACACCCAAGGCUGAGCCCGCCACGCCAGAGACCCCCGCCGUCGUCCCUUCGGAGACACCGUCCUCGACUUCGACGGCAGCCUCAACCUCCACGGAGUCCUCGCCCUCCUCCACGGAGGCCGCCGCGGUGUCCACGACCGCGGCCGCUUCGUCCAGCACGGCGGCCGCUUCCCGCAAGAGACGCGCCGAUGAAGCCACCACGCCCAAGGCGGAGUCCGCCACCCCUGAGGUGCCCGUCGUCCCCAGCGAAGCCCCUUCCUCCACCACGGUCUCGACCACCACGGCUGCGGCCACAGAAGCCACUGCCUCAACCACUACCGAGUCAGCCUCAUCAACCACCGCGGCAGCUCCUUCGUCCACGGAGACGGCCUCGACAACCACCGCGGCAGCUCCUUCGUCCACCGAGACGGCCUCGACGACCACGGCGGCCGCGUCACGCAAACGGCGCGCCGACGAAGCCACCACCCCCAAAGUGGAGUCCGCCACACCCGAGGUUCCCGCCGUCCCCGCCGAAGCUUCCACUACUGCUGCCGCGCCUUCAACCUCUGAGGCCACCGCGUCGACAACCACCACCGCGGCGCCGUCGAGCACCGAGGCCGCUGUGUCCACCACCACAGCUGCUGCCACACCAGAAGCCGCUGUCUCGACCACCGUCACCAGCGCAGCAGCCUCCUCCAGCGCCGAGGCCAGCUCGAGCAGCUCAAGCACCGCCGCGUCCAGGAGACGCCGCGCGGACGACGCGACGCCGACGACCGCCGUUCCCGUCGAGACCACCUCCGCCGCGACCAGCCCCGUCUCGGUCGAGACCACCGCUGCGCCGACCAGCGCCGCUCCCGUCGAGACCACGGCCGCUGCAACCAGCCCUGCCUCCGUGGAGACCACUGCUGCUGCCGCCAGCACCGCCGCCACCGAGACUGCCGCCCCCAAGGCCCCCGAGACGACGCCGGAGACGCCCGCCGUCCCCAGCGAGUCCGCAGCUAGCGACGCUCGAGCUACAGCUUCUACUAGUACCUGAAGAUUGACCCCGCCCUUUCCGCGUGAAGAGAUCUCAAAGAAAGAUUUUUUUUAUGAAUCAAUGAAUGAAUGAAUUGAUAAACGGAUGAAUGAAUGGAUGAAUGAAUGGUGUCGCGGUGAGCUAUUUAGGUUUUACAUUUUCUGUGAUGUAGCUCUCAUUUGUGUAUCGGAUCGACUUGUGCGUCUCUUGUUGUCAUAUUGGUAUGCGUGUCAUUCCUCUUCCCUUACGCCUGUCCUGAAACUUCCAAAUCCCACGUCAUCAAGUCAACCUCUGUACAUUGAGUGCUUAUUUAUUUUCCAAUAAACUUAAGUUAUUUAAGGUGACCA